AAACCAGUUUUAUAAAGAAAUGUAGAUUUCGACUCUUUUUCAAUAUUCCAUGUGGAACUUUCUUAUAUAUGUGUGGUUACAGACUCGAUUGCGUAAUUUCGAUUGAAACACGUCGUCGUUGUCUCUCUUUGAAUAAACAUUCUCGCUUAAUAAGUAUAUCGAUGUACCACGCGCGUGAAAAGGAAACAAAUAAAAAUUAAGUCUAACAGUUUUUUUUAGUUAUUUAUAAGUGAAUUUGUGAUAAAUUCUUGUUUUUUCUGAAAGUGAAAAUCACAUUAUGUUCAAUAUAAUAAUGCACUCUAGUGUCUAUAUUCUAUAAUCUUGGUACGGGCAUUUAAUCAUCAUUCAUAUUCUAUAGAUGAUAAGAAAUUCAUCACCCAAAUGGAGUUUGUAUAAUACUCGAGACCAUUCGCUGUGUUCGUCACUAAAACCUACUCACAUUGAUUGAUUAUGGCAGUGAAUUUUGUGAAAUGAAACAUUUAAUAAUAUUCAAAUAGGAUUAUUUUUCUAAAGAAACUUUUAACGCAAUCGAAAAAAACAGAAUAAAAAUGCACAGAGCAGCUCGUUACGGUUGCCUUCAAAGCACUUUUGCAAAAAGCUCCCGUUUCAUUGUUUUGUCUUCGUUGAGACAAGGAAAAAUAGUACCAUAUAAAUUAACGGAUAUCGGCGAGGGAAUCCGCGAGGUUACCGUAAAAGAAUGGUUCGUGAAAGCUGGUGACAAGGUGGCCCAAUUCGAUAACAUUUGUGAGGUACAAAGUGACAAGGCAUCUGUAACGAUAACGAGUCGUUACGAUGGUCUAGUUAAAGCUGUGCAUUAUAAAAUUGACGAAAUUGCUCUCGUUGGAAAUCCUCUGGUAGACAUUGAACUCGUCGAGGAAUUUGACAAUGAAUUCAGCCAAGAGGAAAAUACCCAAGAGUCCAAGAAAAAGCAGGAAAUAGAAGAAAGUUCGAUUGUCACAAGUGAAGACGAUAUUACGAGUAGUGCUGAAAGUCUUUUUGGAAAGAUACUGGCCACACCAGCAGUAAGGCGAAUUGCUCUAGAAAAUAAAAUUAAUUUAAAGGACGUAACAUCCACUGGGAGAGACGGACGUGUUUUAAAAGAAGACAUUCUCGCUCACAUCAAAUGUCGUCAAGAAAAUUCUUCCGACAGCGAGAAAAAACUCUUGGGAAAUGUCGCUCCCAUCAAGGGAUACGCCAAGCACAUGUGGAAAACAAUGACCAAAGCUUUGACCAUUCCACAUUUUACGUACAGUGACGAUUGUGAAGUGACAAAGCUGAUCCGCUGUCGUGAGGAAGUGAAAGAUGCUUUGAAAAAAGAAGGAAUCUCUUUAACUUACAUGCCCUUUUUUGUGAAAGCAGCAUCAGAAGCCCUGAAGCAGUUUCCUCAUCUAAAUGGUUGGCUCGACGAGGAGUCAGAGUCCGUAAAAAUGGUCGAACAUCACAAUAUAAGCAUCGCAAUGGAUACGCCUCAAGGCUUGGUUGUGCCAAAUAUAAAGAAUGUCCAGAAUCUCAGUAUUGUGGAUAUUGCCAAAGAAUUGAAUCGACUACAAGAGCUCGGCAAAAAAUCCUCAAUCCCUCUCAAUGACAUAUCUGCCGGGACAUUCUGUUUGUCUAAUAUUGGAACAAUUGGUGGCACAUAUAUGAAGCCAGUUGUUUUAUCGCCUCAGCUGGUAAUAGGAGCUGUCGGAAAAAUUCAAAAGUUACCGAGAUUUGACGAAGGGAAUUCUGUGAUAGCUGUCAAUCUCCUGUCAGUUAGCUGGUCUGCCGAUCAUCGAGUUGUGGAUGGUGUAACAAUGGCAAAGUUUUCCAAUCAAUGGAAACAUUACGUGGAAAAUCCACUACUUCUUACUUUAGGAAAGUAAUAUUUUUAAUUAGUUACAUUUUUUACGUCUAGAUUCUGUAGUUCUAUCUCUCAUAAAUCAAUCUUUCAUUCUCCAAAUAAAAAAAAUAGAGGCAAAACCAGAGUUGCCACAAAUAUUUAAUAUUAUUUUCCCUGAUUUCCGGACAAAAUUUUCAAUUUUUCCCUGCGACCCUAAAGAAUAUUCUGUUUCACUCUA